AUGCCAGGCAUCAGUUGCGAUGAGCCGCGGGAGCACCCGCAGCACAACUACAGGCAGACGAUCGAGCUGAAGCGGACGCAGCUCACGGCCGAGCAGGUGGCAGAGUUGAUCUCCCAGCUGAUCGAGGAGUACCCCGGCGACGACUACGACAUGUUGAGGCGAAAUUGCUGCCACUUCGCCGACGACUUCUCUCGCCGACUCGGAGCUGGCCGCAUCCCUGGCUGGGUUCACCGGCUCGCGCGGUUGGGCGCCCGGGUGGAUACCGCGUUGCAGGUGGUGGCCAACCGCCGGCUCCUCUCUGGUUUCGAGCCCGACGAGUCCGACGACGAUCGGUGA